CAAUAACUAACCAAGAGAUUGCAUGCCUGUCCAUCUCUGUCUAUGCUAUAUACAUGUACCCACACGGCGGUAGGAGAUCCAGGACUCCCUUUAGCCAUGUUGAUUCUCGCUUGUUAUAGCUUCUUAGGACUCCAAUAACUACAACCGACAAUUGAAUCUCAAUGCACAACCGAAGGAGCCAAGGCUUACAAUAACAGAAACUCCCACGCAAACCGGUUUUAUGGGCUCCUCCCGAUUUUUUUUCCCCAUGAGCGCUACUCAGUGGCUAAGCGUCCUCUAAGAGGUUGGAUAUGGGGAAUCACGGAAAAUUAAGGAGGAGUAUAGAGUUUGGAUAGAACCCAUUGAACAGACAUGACCAUGUCGAGCCGAGCAUGCAUGUCAAUCCGGGUAACAAGCUGGAAUUAGAUUUUCAACCCAGAGCCUCCAGCGAUGUGUAUUGGACAACAAAUGAAUAUCUGGGGAUACGAGAUGGAUAGAACAGCCAAAUGAGCCUUGCCGCACAGCGGGUGAGAAUCACAGGAGAAUGAUCAACGCAGCGAGAUAUAUUAGUUAACGGAAGAGGGGAGAACAGAGAAAGAUAGGCAAGCCGUUUCAAGGACCAACACAGUCAGAACAUCGCCCUCGCAUUUUUAUGUAUCAACAGAGCAGAUAUUGGGCUUCUAAGCUACGCCACGGUGAAAGCAACCGAUCGGAAAUCAAAUGUCCAGGUCUCAAAGAAACGGCUACGAUUCUCUCUAAGCCUGUUCCCUCACAGGAGAUACAGUAUAAACCAGACUGCAAUCUGUGAACCCCUUUCAAAACAAUCAUUAGGGGUAAUAAUAUGGAAAGGCCCUUCGCUUAGUCUCGCUGUUGCUCAAGCAGAUCCCCGAGCGAUCAAGAUUAGAGUUGCCGAAAAGCUUCUAGUCGGCUCCAACGUUUGAACAUGCGGAUGACGAAAUUUUACUUUAAAGCCGACGCCCCGCACUCCGCAAUUCGCAUCUCAUCCUCUUCGUACUUCCACUUUCCCUGUUUGUUCAAAGAUUGCGUGUCUUGGACAAACCCUAUCUUGUCUCUAUGAAACUGCUCACUAUCUGGUUAUGAUAUCAAGCGAUCUAUCUACAAAAACGACUCUACAUAAUAAGAUUAUAGCAUCAUCCUCCUGACCUGAUAUUCGACUCAUCUCUAGAGACCGAGAAUAAUACGCACAAAGCUCCCAUAACCAUGGCCUCGCUAUCCUUAUCAACCCUCACCACCCUCUGGCCCCAAAUAGCCGCAUCCUACCCCCCGGGCCUCAUCGAAGUCACCGUCACCAUCCUCGCCCAAAUCCUCGGCUUCUGGCUCCUCUGCACCCUCUACCCCGCUAUCGAUCUCGCAUUCCCGGCCUUCUCCAGCAAACACAAACUCCAAUCCUCCCGCCGCCAACCUACCUGGGCUGCCAUAACCCACUGCUUUCAGCGCGUCCUGACCGCAAACCUCCUCUCCACCGUCCUGCACGUCGCCUUCGCCUUCGCGACAAACUUCCAACACACCCUCUUCACCAUAACGUCCACCUACCCGACCCCGCGCGAACUUAUCGCCGACUUCGCCUACGCCCUCCUCCUGCGUGAACUGCUUUUCUACACUGCCCACCGCUCCCUGCACCAUCCAAAACUAUACACGCGCUUCCACAAACAGCACCACAGCUUCACCGCCCCCAUGGCCUUUGCCGCGCAAUACGCCCACCCGCUCGAGCACAUGCUGGCCAAUGUCAUGCCCAUCGUGCUCCCGCUCGCCCUGCGCCGCGCGCAUAUCUUGUCAUUUGCGUUAUUUUUGACCUCAAUGCUGAUAGAGACUGCAAGCGUGCAUAGUGGGUAUGACUUUGCUGGGGCGCGCAAGCAUGAUUUGCACCAUGAGAAGUUUCGGGUUAAUUAUGGGGCGCUGGGGCUGUUGGAUUGGGUCUUUGGGACGGAUGUGGUGGGGUGGGAUCGGAAGGAGAAGAAGGAAAGUUAGGUUAAUCUUAAAAAUAUUAGUUUGAAGUGGUGGGAGCUGAUGAAUUGGUGCUUGGAUAUAGGCUCUCCGUGUGCUUGUAAAUAUGUAUAUUUUUGGUGUUUUAUUGCCAUUUCACGCCAGGGUCAAUGAGAGUAUGAGAAAUGUAUCGAUAUAUAUACUAAUACCAGCUCUGAUGAGCCGAGCCUAUCAUUUCGUUCUGUUGCUGAGGGUGAGUCGUCCACAGAACUCUCAAACCAGACAGAGGGUUGACUAUGAAAUUGGCAAGUCGCCCGUCCCGAUAUCAUUCAGCAAAGGGGUAAUUAUUUGUUCCCCUGCUGAUCUGCCUUUUUUAUUUUUUGGUUUCUGACAUGGACAAAUUCUUCCGAAAUCCCAUUUAGCAACAAUGAAUUUGUUAGCACGUCCCCCGGUUGAGACGUCCUAUUUCAUUAAUCCACCUUCUCAAGGCGGAAUCCCACAACCGUUAAAAUUGGCCGGUUGUCUGAGAUGCAUCCCUUUCCUUGUCGAAAUCCUCGACUUCAUCGGAUUCUAUAGCGCUGCGUUCUACGUCCGCGAAAAGAUCACUCUCCCUUAGACGACAGCGGAAGAGUUCCAUACUCAACGCGGGAGGUUGGGAGAUUCUUCGACGCCACGAAAGGCGCAGGCAGAUGUAUCCAGCGCCAUUUGCGUCUGCAAAAGAGCACCGUGUUCUUCGGACGUUGGGGAAACCCGCAAGUUCACAAGCGAAGAACUCGAAAAUCUCAACUCGCUCAAAGAGGAAAUGUUUUCUUGUUGAAAGAAAACCGUAAUCCAAGCAUCUGGAUGUUAUUCUGGCGCUGAGUGCGACCCGGGUGUCCCAUAUGUCACGUUUCCAUUUUCACAUUUAUAGCUGCAAGAACCAUGAAGGAUGCUGCUCAAAGCCAUGCUUAGUGAUUAACGGGAAUGACUUCCAUGCCCAUUGCACUGCGGAAUGCAAGUGUUGCGAGCGUCAGCACGAUAGUAUCUAGUAAGUAGUUACUGUCCAAGAAACGAUCAAAUACAGAGCGAGGUACUGCCAUCUACUGGGAAUUGGUACCUAGUGAAUUACCUCCAGCUUCUCAUCUCCGUGUAUCGUAUCAGCUUAACAGCCACCAUUGAAUCUUCCAUCGAAUCCACCGUUGAAUCCUCCAUCAAAUCCGCUGUUGAAAUCUUCCAUCGAAUCCGCUGUUGAAUCCUUCAUCAAUUCCACUGUUGACUCCAUUGAAUCCAUCUCCAAUUCAAAGCAGUCCAAUACCUCAAUUUGAUGAAUACUUCAAUUGAUUGACAAGAGAACAGUUGCUUGAUAUGAAUAUUGACAAGAGUAUAUUUCAAAUUAUAAGAGAUGGGUUAAAAAGUCCAUUAUGAUAGACAAGAUUGCAGGAAUUCCAAUCAUCUUUAUUCACUGUUUAUAGUGAUGAGAACAGAUCUUAUA